GUGGGGGUUGGGAUUUACAGUCUCCUUUAACGCUUGCUGGGACCUUGGAAAAGAAGAGUUGCACCAUGUACAGCAAGUGAAAGAAAAGUCUGUGUGUUGCUUCCGACCCAAGUUGAGGCUUUUUCCCUGCUGUUUUCCAAGAGUGAAAGCUGUGCCUUUAAUAUACGUUGAGUGAGGUAACCGGGGAGGAAGAGCGGGGCUGAUAAGAAAAUCUGGAGAGAAAGAGGGCCUGUCCACCUUGCCCCUGAGAAGGUCUCCUCCAGGCAGAUGCUGUGCUGUUUAUGUGGUUGGAUGUUUGAAAGUUCACUUGUUUAAAAAGUCUACCCAUGAAGUCACCAUAAAGAGCGUGGAUCACACUUCCAGUAAACCUCAUUUGUUUGAGGUGGGGCUAAAAUGAGCAUAACCAGUGACGAAGUGAAUUUCUUGGUAUAUCGAUAUCUCCAGGAGUCAGGCUUCUCCCAUUCGGCCUUUACAUUCGGCAUUGAAAGUCACAUCAGUCAGUCCAACAUCAAUGGAACACUAGUGCCCCCUGCAGCUCUCAUCUCCAUCCUCCAGAAAGGCCUGCAGUAUGUGGAGGCCGAGAUCAGCAUCAAUGAAGAUGGAACCGUCUUCGAUGGUCGACCAAUAGAAUCCCUGUCUCUGAUCGAUGCCGUGAUGCCCGACGUCGUGCAGACCCGACAACAAGCCUUCCGAGAGAAAUUAGCUCAACAACAAGCUAGUGCGGCGGCCGCGGCGGCGGCAGCGACGGCCGCGGCGGCGGCUGCGGCGGCAGCUACUCCCGUUGCCAUUGCGCCACAAAACCCACCAAAGAAUGGAGAAGCCACUGUGAAUGGAGAGGAGAACGGGGCCCAUGCAAUAAAUAAUCAUUCAAAACCAAUGGAAAUUGAUGGAGAUGUUGAGAUUCCUCCCAACAAAGCCACGGUCCUCCGGGGUCACGAGUCAGAAGUGUUUAUCUGUGCCUGGAACCCUGUCAGUGAUCUCCUAGCCUCUGGAUCUGGAGACUCAACAGCACGGAUAUGGAAUCUGAACGAAAACAGCAAUGGUGGGUCGACUCAGCUUGUUUUGAGGCACUGUAUAAGAGAAGGGGGCCACGACGUCCCUAGUAAUAAAGAUGUUACUUCACUGGACUGGAAUAGUGAUGGAACGCUAUUGGCCACUGGUUCAUACGAUGGUUUUGCAAGAAUAUGGACUGAAGAUGGUAAUUUAGCAAGCACCUUAGGUCAACAUAAAGGUCCCAUCUUUGCUUUGAAAUGGAACAAAAAGGGGAAUUACAUUUUGAGUGCCGGUGUUGACAAAACAACAAUAAUUUGGGAUGCCCAUACAGGAGAGGCUAAACAACAGUUUCCUUUUCACUCAGCCCCUGCUUUGGACGUGGACUGGCAGAACAACACUACUUUUGCCUCCUGCAGUACUGACAUGUGUAUUCACGUAUGCAGACUUGGCUGUGAUCGCCCUGUCAAAACCUUUCAAGGACACACAAAUGAGGUAAAUGCAAUCAAAUGGGAUCCUUCCGGCAUGCUGUUAGCCUCCUGUUCCGAUGACAUGACAUUAAAGAUUUGGAGUAUGAAGCAAGAUACCUGCGUCCAUGACCUUCAAGCCCACAGCAAAGAGAUCUAUACCAUCAAGUGGAGUCCCACGGGCCCAGGCACCAGCAAUCCAAACUCCAACAUUAUGUUAGCGAGCGCUUCAUUUGAUUCUACUGUCCGCCUGUGGGAUGUUGAACGAGGAGUUUGCAUCCAUACACUAACCAAGCAUCAAGAGCCUGUCUACAGUGUAGCUUUCAGCCCUGAUGGAAAAUACUUGGCCAGCGGCUCAUUUGAUAAAUGUGUCCACAUCUGGAACACCCAAAGUGGGACCCUAGUACACAGCUACAGAGGCACGGGAGGGAUCUUUGAAGUGUGUUGGAAUGCUCGAGGAGACAAAGUGGGAGCCAGUGCAUCCGACGGAUCCGUUUGCGUUCUAGAUCUGCGGAAGUAGCAGCGAAGUGUUUUAGAAGAAAUUUUAAAUGGACCAGCAGUGAAUGUGUGGGCACUCUUCAAAAACAAUCUUAACAGCUCCAGAACUGUAUGAACUUGAAUCCAGUUAGAGUGUACAAUGAAACCAACCCUCCCUGGCCACGGGAGCCUAGUAUCUUUCUGUAAUCUUCAUCAUGGAGUAAAAACCACAGUCACAUCACAGGGGACAGGAUGGUUUCCAACUGGAACAAUCAGCCUUGGAAAGCAUGAAGCCACCAGCUAGACACACGCACUGUUUGGUUUGCAUCUGAGAACUCGCUCUGAUGGCUGAAAAAAAAUCAAAACAAACAAAAAAGCUGUGCCAAAAACAAACAAAAAGAAAUAGCAAAACGCUGUGAGAAACCAAAAGGGAAAACAAACCCUCCUCCUUGUGGCGCUGGGUUUUUUCCUUCCAAUUUGGGCACUACACUUCCUCUCCCAAAGGACGUUUAAGACCAGUUUGUACUGAUAAAACGCGCAACUUUGUAAUCACAACUCUUUCUAUUUUCUAGGG